AUGAGUAGCCAAAUGCAGAGCGUUUGGGUUCCUGAUCCUAGUGAUGUGUUCGUACAAGGGCAAUUGAUAGAUGAAAAAACAGUACGAAACAAACAAAAUAAAGAGGAGAGCGUGGGAAUUGUGAAGUUACGCGGUGAAGAAGUGGAAUUUCCCAUGAAGGAUGUGUCUCCUGUGAAUCCCAGUACAUUUGAUAAGAUUGAUGACAUGUCAGAAUUAACAUUUUUGAAUGAGGCUUCUGUACUAUACAAUCUUGAGAAUCGUUACAACGAUGAUAUGAUCUACACAUAUUCAGGUCUGUUUCUUGUAGCGAUCAACCCUUACAGUAACAUAAGGAUUUAUACGCCAGACUACAUCAAGCUUUACCAUGGCUCUCCCAAGGAGGAUAAUGGUCCUCACAUAUUUGCAAUCGCGGAAGAGGCUUAUCAGAAUUUGCUCACGCAGAAACGAGACCAAUCCAUCUUAGUGACGGGUGAGAGUGGUGCAGGCAAAACAGAAAACACAAAGAAAAUACUACAGUAUUUGGCUUCUAUAACAGCGGAUGACAAGACGAUCACAAGUCAAGCUCACGAGAGUUUUGAGCGUAAAAUUCUCCAGAGCAACCCCAUUUUGGAAUCAUUUGGUAACGCGCAAACUGUGCGAAACAAUAAUUCGUCAAGAUUUGGGAAAUUUAUUAAAAUUGAGUUCGAUGAAAUGGGCAAAAUUAAUGGCGCCCAUAUAGAAUGGUAUCUACUGGAAAAAUCGAGGGUAAUUCAUCAAAAUUCAAGGGAACGAAAUUAUCACAUUUUCUAUGAAAUGCUUUCGGGCAUGUCAUCUCAAGAGCUAAAACGGUUUGGCCUUGAAUCUAAUUCCGUCUCAAACUAUGCUUAUCUUCGCGAAUCUAACUUUAGCAUUCCAGGCAUAGACGAUGCUAAAGAUUUUCAGGGCCUUUUGUCGGCAUUCAAGACCGUGGGCUUUGAUACUGAAGAAGUCAAUAGUAUAUUGCAAUGUGUUGCUAUAAUUCUCCACAUCGGUAACGUGGAGUUUGUUUCAGAGAAGGCAGUACAAGCAGCUAUCAAGGGCAGUAUUGAAAGCCUAUGUAAGUUGCUGGGUGUAGACGAGGAAGAAUUCAAGACUGCCAUUUUGAGACCGAAAUCUAAGGCGGGUAAAGAGUGGGUUUUUCAAUCUAAAAAUGCCACACAAUCAAGGUUUAUUUUAAAUUCACUUUCUAGGUCCUUGUACGAGAACUUGUUCGCCCAUAUUGUCAAGAAAAUUAAUUCCAGUCUAGAUCAUGGAUCUAUGACAGAAAAUUACAUUGGAUUGCUUGAUAUAGCAGGAUUUGAAAUUUUCAAAGACAAUUCUUUCGAACAAUUGUGCAUCAAUUACACAAAUGAGAAGCUUCAACAAUUUUUUAAUCAUCAUAUGUUCGUUCUAGAACAGAAUGAAUACCUGAAAGAAAAUAUACAAUGGAAUUUCAUUGACUACGGGAAGGAUUUACAAACAACUAUAGAUCUCAUUGAAAAGAAAAACAAUAUGCCAGGUGUGCUCUCAUUGCUGGAUGAGGAGUCAAUACUGCCGAAUUCAACUGACGAAUCGUUCUACUCAAAGCUCAUGAAUUUUUGCGAUAAUACAUCCCCCAAAUUCAAAAGAUCCAAACUCAACAACUGUUUCAUUUUGAAGCAUUAUGCUGGUGAUGUCGAAUAUAAUGUCAAUGGUUGGCUGUCUAAAAAUAAAGAUCCUUUGAGUGAAAACAUCUUGCAGGUACUUUGCAGCUCAAGUAACGAGUUGAUCAGAGAAUUUUACUCAGUUUCUCAAUCAAAAAGUGGUUCUUUCAAGACGGCCUCUAAUCGUCAUAGAGAGCAGCUCAAAUCUCUCUUAGAUCGCUUAUCGUCUACAGAGCCACAUUUCGUGCGUUGUAUUAUUCCUAAUGGCAAGAAGAAGGCGCAUGAGUUUGAUAAAAAGUUGAUUCUAGAUCAACUACGCUGUAAUGGUGUCCUAGAAGGUAUCAGAAUUGCUCGUGAGGGGUAUCCCAAUAGAAUCUUUUUCAAAGAGUUUUUUCAACGUUAUAGAAUUCUAUCUGACGAGUACCGUUUUUCAAAUAAUUCCAAAAAGAACUGUGAGCUCCUCUUAUCAUCUUUGCAUCUUGAUCCUAGCUUAUUUAAAGUGGGCAAUACAAAGCUGUUUUUUAAAGCUGGCGUUCUCGCUGGUCUCGAAAUAAAAAAGGAGGAAAGGUUAUCUGAAAUGUCAACAAAGUUCAAUGCGAUAAUUCUUGGUAAUCACAUAAGGCAGGAAACUCAAACACAAUUGUCGAAGUUGCAGGCGGCUCAGGUACUAGCAGUAGCAUUUGAAACUUACAACAGAUUGAUGGAUGAUCCUUGGUACAACCUUUAUAGCAAGAUCAAACCGCUGCUCGCUUCUUCGCAAGGAAUCGCCAAAACUAAAAAGAUUGCCGAACAGGUGAAGGCCUUAGAAAGCAAGUUGGAAGGGAUGGGAAAAGAGAAUGAGAUAUUAAAAAAAUGCAAAGAAAAAGUUGAAGAAGAUCUCAAAGCUGUUCGUCAGCAGCUUCUUAGCGAAACAGAGAACUUGGAAAAUCAGAAACAGCUAUUAUCGCAGGCAAAAGCGAAAGAAGAGAAUUUGUUGGCCAAAUUGGACGAAGCUAGCGCUUUGAAAGAAUCUGCCGAGAAAGAAAAAGUGACAAUAUGUGAACUAAAUAAAGCUAUAAAGGACGAAAUGCAGGCCCUUGAAAAGAAAUUAGAAGACGGACAGACGAUCAUGACCUCAUUAAAAUCCGAGAGAACUGAUCUUCAGCAUCAUAUUAACAAACUUUCGAAAGAGAUAGCAGAUACCAGCAACAUGAAAGAUACAGUUGAAGCUCACAAAUCUGCGAUGCUGGAUCAGAUAAAGUCGUUGAAAUCAGAUAUUUCUAAGAAAGAAAUAGUUAUAUCAGAACUUCGAAAUAAGCUCAAAGCGUCAGAUGAGGAACUUGAACGGAGUUUGCAAUCCUUGGAAAACAAAUUUUCGAGCACCAGUAAGCGAUUAAACUCUUUGGUCGAGGAAAAUCAAGAUCUGCACUCUCAGCUGGAUGCCCUGAGGACCGAACUCUCAGAGAGUCAGAAAACGCUGGCCACUAAGAACGAAGAAUUUCAAGAAAUGCAUCAACGUUCCGAAAAGCACCAAUCUUUUGUCAAUUCCUUGAGCGAAGAGAGAGACAACCUAGUGACAGAACAUAGCAAAGUACUAGAUGAGAUUAAAGUUGCUAGGAAGGAGCUAUCUGAUUACAAACGUAAGUGUUCAAAUUUGGAAGAGAAAUGUGGAAAACUGCAGAAGACUAUCGAAGAUCACGAUAAGACAGAAAACUUUGGCAAUGCAAGUACUAAUGACAUCACCGCUCUUGAGAAAGCCAAAUCGUUAGAAGAGCAACUUGAAAGAGAAAAAUCUUUAACGCGGUUCUUGAAUGAAAAAUUGGCAAAUCAUUUGACAGAAAGAAGAUACGUGAUAGAUUUUUCAUCGAAUAAAAGUUUAAUGAGUCAAGAUGAAAUAAUGGAUGCGUAUGAAGAGCUCAAGCUAAACUAUGAGGAGGUUUCAUUCAAGCUGGAGAAGGAAAUUACCCAGAAGAAAGACUUGAUAAGUAAAUUAAGGUUCACCGAGACGAGAUUAGCAUCUGCGUCUUUUGAUAUUCAAACCAUGGCUGCUCAGAUAAAAAAAUUGAAAAAUCUUGUACUACAUCCUGAUUCCAAUGCUAAUAUUGAAGAGUUGCUUAACGAAGUCGAACCGAUUGAGAUCAAUCAUGAGAAAUUAAUUCUUGAAGUUGAAUAUCUCAAAGGAAAAUUAAAGGAUGAAAGGCAAGCUCGACUCGAUGUUGAGAAUGCCGCAUCUGCACUCCAUGGUAAAUUUCGGCAAAUACGCAAGUCUGAUUCCUCAUCUGGAAUUUAUAAAUUGAAGUAUGAAGCAAGUGAAGAACGAGUUAAGAUGUUGGAAUCGAAGAUACAUUCGCAGCCUUUGAAAGAUAGGACGAAUGUCGGAAACAGGGAGAUGUUUACCCGCCGCGAAAGUAUCUCAAAAUAUGAAGAAGAUUUAAGAUUUCACAAAAUUGAGAACUAUAAACUACAAGAGCUUUUGGUAGAUUCUGAAAAAAAGCGUAACGUCCUAAAUCGUGAAAUUAAACAAUUCCAAACUAACGAAAUCGCCUUAACUGAUCAGAUCAACAGAUUGGAAAAAGAUCUCAAAUCUACCGAGAAACAAAACGAGUUACUUUCGGCGAGUGCCAAAAGUCAUAAGACUCAAUAUGAGCACUGUAUAAAUGAUCUGCAUGCAACAGAAAGCCAACUCAAGAACAUGGUUCAUUCUUUAAAGCAAUCCGAAGAAGACAUCAAGACGAUGACGGCAAUUAUUGAUCGGCUAAAAACUCAAAAUAGACAGAAGGAUAAGGAACUCUGGGAGAAGGAAACUCGAGGUAAUGAACUUGCUUGUCAGCUAGAAGAGAAAAUGAUUGAUUUGAAAAAGAUGCAUAUGAAAAAUGAAGUUCUUGAAGGCGAGCUGGCUCAUUUCAAAGACCGCUUGAAAUUUGCAGACGAUAACGAGAAGUAUUCAGCUCAAAUUGAAGAUUUGAAAAAAGAGCUUGACAACUCUUUGAGAUCUGAAACAGAGCUGAAUAAAGAGAUUUCAUCUUUGAAGUAUAAUUUGGGAACUUUGAAGGCCGACACAGACGCCAAAAUUGAAGAUUUGCUCACUCAGAAUGCACACUAUGAGAAGGUAGUGACUGCAUUGGGUGAUGAAAGGGAUGCUGCUUCUUCAGCACAAAAAGAUUUAGAAACAAAACUAAAGUCUUUGGUUGGCAAGCUUGAUUCUUUACGUGAUUCAGUGGAUACUUUAGUACAAGAAAAGCAACAAUUGGAAGUGCAAAAAACACACUUGAUAUCUAAAAUGGAAAAUAGUCAUUCAGAUAUUCAGAAGUUGCUCAAUGAGAAAGAAGAAAUGUCAAAGAACCUUGUAUACUUGAACGAGUCACUGCAAUUGCAAAGAGAGCAGAAUGAAAGAAAUGAGAAAUUAGUUCAACAGCUCCAGACUACAUUGAAUGCGGUCAAAACGCAAUUUUCCGAGGAAAAAGAGAAAAACAUUGUGCUAUAUGAAGAGAAUCAGUCAUUAGGAAAGUCUAACGUACAAUUGAGGGACAGGGCCGAUCUUUUAAAUGUGAAGCUCUCGGAUACGACCGAAAAAGAUGCAUGGUUAGAAAAAGUACAAGAGCUCGAAUCCCGUGUCAAUGUUGAAUCAGAGAUGAAAUUUGAGGAGAUGAAGAAAAACAAAAUCCUCGAACGUGCAGUUGAAGAUUUGACAUCAACCAACGAAAAACAAGCUGCUAUAAUUUCAUUAGCAAAUCAGGAUCGAGAAAAUUUCACGCGUGAUAUGGCACAUUACAAUGAACAAGUGUCCACUCUUGAGAGGCACAUCUCCAAGCAGGAAGUUGAUUUAAAGCGAAUGGAGAGAGACAAGAUCUACUACGAAGACAGAGUUGACCAACUGGAAAAAGAAUUGGAGUUGUGGAAGGAAAAAUACAGUGGCUUAUCAUCCAGAAGAAAGAGUUUAAGCGCGCAGUCAGUAGAAGAAGUUUUCGUGUGA